UCCAGGCAGCAGGAAGAGGUCUGUCAUAAGGGAACCGUCCGGCACUGGCUUGCCCAAUUGUUUGUCCUCUCUCGCAGGCCUGAGAUGAUGUCCUGGAAGGAAGAAUGUAUGAGUCCACCCCCAUGUUUCAUCCAGCGCUUGGACCACCUUGUGUUGACUGUGAAGAGCAUUGAGGACACUGUGGCCUUUUAUUCCAAAGUCCUGGGCAUGGAGGUGGUGACUUUCAAGGGAAAUCGCAAAGCUUUACAUUUUGGCAACCAGAAGUUUAACCUGCAUGAGGCUGGGAAGGAGUUUGAACCCAAAGCUCGGCGCCCGGUCCCUGGCUCUGCAGACAUCUGCCUUAUCACACAGGUGCCCCUGGAGCAGCUGCUGGAUCAUCUGAAGGCUUGUGGGGUGAUUAUUGAAGAAGGUCCUGUGGCCAGAACUGGUGCCAUGGGUCCAAUAACAUCCAUCUACUUCCGAGACCCUGAUGAGAACCUGAUCGAGGUUUCCAGGUACUGCACAGAUGCUACUGCAGUCAGCAAACGGCAGUCCUAA